AUGCGGGAUGUCAUAGAAGCCCAGGUGGAGCAAAUACAGGAUGUUAUUUAUUUCUUCCUUGAGCGAGACAGACCAGGAACUGUCGAGAAGGUGUGCAUAAGCCUCCAUGAACAGGUCGACAAAAUGUUUGGCUACUACCACCCAGCUACAUUUACUCUCAAGUGGCUCAUGAUCAGCAUUUUCACCAGCCUGAGAAAUUAUGACGAGGCAGAAACCUUGUGCAAUCGUACCCUGAGCCGGUUCAACGACGACUCUGAUGUCAAUGAAGCUGAAGGAUGUGCGAAACGAUCGUUCACUCUUCUACUGGCACGGAUCUGUAUGCUCAGGGGACAGAUGGGAAAGGGCGAGGAACUCUUAUUAGGACCCUCAUCAUCUUCUCAAGGCGCGGGAAUAUCGGGUCUCCUAUUCGAGAAAAAUUUGAUCUCUCGAUUAUGGACACAAUAUCUCGCGCAGGACAUAUCAAGAGAUAUGCAAACAUGGAUGGAGAACCACCUACUCAAGGAAGAAACAGGCAAGGCGGGAAGUUGCCAACAAUCAUUCAACCACCUUUGUACUCAGAUUUACCUGUGCCUUUCCCGGAAUGAAAAUGAAAACGCCAAGGCUCUGCUCGUCGAAGCACGGGAGAUGUUUGAUGAUGAGAACACGGCAGAUUAUGCCAAGGCUUCCAUGUUCUCCGACCUUGCUGCUCUUUAUAUCAGACUGGAUGAGUACGGGGACUUGAAGAGCCUCUGCGACGACGCGACGACUGGAGACUGGGAGUCGUUGUGGCAGAGUGAUGUUCGAUUCUCUUUUAAUGUCGUCCUCAUGAGGUGCUAUGUCCACUUGAAUCGCGGCGAACUCGACGAAACUGUGGAUCUAUGCCAGCGUGCAUUGAAUAAGCUGCAUGACUCUCGAGUGCUAGGUUCAGCACCUAAGCGAAGCGUGCUGAUUGUGUUGGCAUCAGUGUACAUGCAGCAGGGCAUGCUUUUAGAAGCUGAGAAACAGUUGGCUGCGGCUAUUCAAGGAACACGAGAAUCCAAGCAGCAGUGUACGUCAGCCAGCUACGAACAUGUGUUGGCCUUAAUGAGUGUUUUGGCAGAGUGCUAUAAGCACAGAGGCGAGCAAGAUAGUGUUCAAAGGUGUCUGAAGUUGGUAGGAAAAUGCCAACGUGAGCUGCUAAAGGCGAGGCAAGGCGGACUGAAUGUAUAA